AUGUCUUCUGUUUCACGUAAAUUGGCCAUCGUUGGUGCUAGAGCUGUUGGGAAAUCUUCUUUGACUCUCCGGUUCACGGAAAGUCGUUUCGAUGACAGCUAUUACCCAACCAUAGAGAACCAAUACAUGAAAAGCUUCAAAGUCAAUGGCAAGGUCUAUGAUGUGGACAUAUCUGAUACUGCUGGCCAGGAUGAGUACUCUAUCGUGAAUCAACGUCAGUUGAUAGGGAUCCAUGGGUUUUUGUUGGUGUACUCCAUUGCGUCCAGAUCAUCUUUUGAAGUCUUAUCAACAAUCAGAGACAAGAUCCUCAAUAUUUUAAGCUUUGGCGAAGAUACAAAGGUGCCUUUUGUUGUGGUAGCAAAUAAAACAGAUUUGGGGUCAGGGGUUCGUCAGGUGUCCAAAGAAGAAGGGUUAGCGUUGGCCAGAGAAUUCAACUGUCCAUUUAUCGAGGUUAGUGCAAAGGAUAACACCAAUGUCGACAGAGCUUUUGAAAUCUUGUUACAGCAUAUUGAGGAAUUAACUAAUCCCCAAGAAAAAAAAGAAGCUGGUUGCGUUAUUGUUUGA